AUGCUCAGGACCCUGGGGCUGGCCCUGCUGCCUCUGCUCAGCACCGUGGGCUCCGGCCAGGCCAGCGGCUUCACAGACAAAGGCCUGUCCUUGCUGAGCUACCAGCUGUGCAACUACAGCGUGACCCAAAAUGUCCAGAAAGUGGAGGCCGUCCGGAUGUCCCAUGUGACCUACGCCCCCUGCGGCGGGUGGAUCCCAUGGAGGCGGUGCCCCAAGACCAUUUACAAGACCCGGUACCUGGCCGUGGACGUCCCUGAGUCCAGGAACGUGACCGACUGCUGCCAGGGCUACGAGCAGCUGGGCCUCUACUGCGUCCUGCCCCUGAAUCGGUCCGGGGAGUUUGCAUCAAGACCCGGCGUCUGCCCGAAGGAGGGGCAGGAAGCAUCCACCUCGCCGUGUACCCUGGACGCCGACUGCCCUGGACUUCAGAAAUGCUGUUCCUUUUCGUGGGGCCACCGCUGUGUGGCCCCUGCACCCCAAGCUCCAGAGGGGACUUGGGUACAUUCCUGGUACAACGUGACCGUCCUGGUGAAAAUGGACUUCAGGGAACUCCAGCAGGUGGAUGCCAGGCUCCUGGAUCACAUGCGGCUGCUGCACUCCAUGGUGACCAGCGCCCUGCGGCCGAUGGACGCUGCUGUCUACCACCUGCACUCGGCCUGUGGGGACACCUCGACCACAGUGUCGCGGCUGCUGCUGGGCCUGCCGCGGCCGGUGCCUGUGGCCAAUGUGUCCACGGUGUUGGACGGCAUCGUGAAGCGUGUCUAUGAGGUGAUCAACCUCCAGGUGCAAGAUGUGAAUGAGUGUUUGCAUGAGGAACUCAACGCCUGCUCUGGAAGGGAACUGUGUUUAAACACGGAGGGCUCAUACCAGUGUGUCCGCCACCCAGAGGCGCCGGCCUCGUCUCCCCAGAAGCUGGACGGCCCGUGUGAAGACGGCCCUCCCAUCACAGACUACAUGAUCCUCAAUGUCACCAGCAGCAGCUUUCAAGUGUCCUGGAGUUUAAAUUCCACCCAGAACCGCACCUUCCACGUGCAGGUUUCCAGGGGCGAGGAGCUGCUCAGGAGUGUCAGGACCCAGGCGACGACCCUGGAGGUGACGGGGCUGGAGGCCGGGGUGCUGUAUUGGGUGAAGACCAGCUACCAGGCGUGCAGGACCAAUGUCACCGCCAUGCUGACCGUCAGAACCGAGGCCCGCGUGUUUGGAGUCACCGUGAGGAUCCUGGACCGCACCGUGACGGAGCCGCUGCUGGACCGCGCCAGCCCCGAGUACCGGGCCUUCUCCCGGCAGCUGCUCCAGGAGGUCGAAAGUGCCUUUCCGCCGGCGGUGUCGGACCUGUGCACGCGGGGGAAGCUGCGGCUGCAGAUCGUGUCUCUCCAGGCGGGCAGCGUGGUCGUGAAGCUCCGAGUGACGGUGCAGGACCCCGAGUUCCCAGUGGGUGUCUCCACGCUGGCCCCCAUGCUCCCGCGGCUGUGGGCGAGCAGAGUGUUCCAGAUUGACCAGAGGGGGACGCUGGUGCACGACUGGGACGAGUGUGCGGACAGCCUGGAGCACGACUGCUCGCCGGCCGCCCAGUGCAUCAACCUCGAGGGCUCCUACACCUGCCGCUGCCUGACGGCCACGGACGCCAACCCGUCCCGAGCUGGCCGGGCCUGCGUGGGUGACGUGGCGAGCCCCAUGGAAGGUGCGCUGUCCCUGGCGACAAGGGUAACGGCCCCAGCUGUCAGCACAGAAACAACAGCCCUUGGCCUGGAGACGCCUGCCUUGUCACCCAGCCCCGGGCACUCGUGGGGCACGCCUGCAGCAGGCCAGGCCCAGACCCCAGGGCCCCCGCCCAGGAGAGGGGACAGCGUCGUCGUCGGGCAGGACAGGAACAGCACAGGGCAAGGCGCCUCUGGAUGGUUGCUGAGAAACUCCACUGCAGAGCCACGCGCCCGGCCCAGCCCCGCCGAGGGCCCUCCUGGCCACAUGUGGCACACCAGCCUCCCCCCGCGGGGCACACCGCCUGCACCUCUGGGCCCUACAUGGCCGCAGAACACAGACCCUGGGCACGCCGGCUCCCCAGACCUGCCCUUGGCCUCCACCCCCACGUCUCUGAAGACCCCGGCCUGUGUUCCUGCCCCCAUCGAAAGGGCCACUGUCUCCAAUGUGACCAGCACCGGCUUUCACGUGGCGUGGGUGACAGACCUCGCCCCACGCCCCACUUUCCAGCUCACCCUGACGUCCACGCGGAGCCCCGCCGUGCACCUGGAGACCUGGAACACAAGUCUGCAGCUGUGGGGCCUGGAGCCCGGUGUCUUGCACCUGGUUGAGAUAGUGGCCAAAGCAUGUGGGGAAGAAAGUGCCAGGGCACACCUGAAAGUGCGGACAGCCGGCCAGAAGCUCAGUGGGAAAGUCAGAAUAGCCAACGUCAGGUAUUCCGAAUCCUUCCGCAACGCCAGCAGCAAGGAAUCCCAGGAUUUCCUAGAGCUAUUCUUCAGGAUGGUGCGGGAGUCCCUGUCACCCGCCAUGCGCCAGCACCUGGACGCGGGCGGGGUGCGGCUGGAAGUGACCCGCAUCGCCAACGGCAGUGUCGUGGUGGAGUUCAGCCUGCUGAUCGUCGCGGACUUGGAGGUCCAGGCGGUGUCUGCCGCGUUCCUCGCCGCCUUUCAGAACGCCUCUCUGCUGGAGGUGGUCGGAGGGGACACCUUCAUCUGGGAUUUCGAUGAGUGUGAGAGGAGGGAGGACGACUGCGAACCCGGCACAGCCUGUCGCAACACGCUCGGGUCUUUCACUUGCAGCUGUGGGGGAGCUGCCCCCGACUUCCCUGUAGAAUAUUCUGGAAGACCCUGUGAAGGUGACUCUUCUGGUAACACAACCCGGGCCCCCGGGUCUUCCCUGGGCCCCGGCCCAGAGCAGCCCCCCACCCCCGCAGAAACCAGGGCUGCCUCCGUGCCAGGGGCCAGCCCAGCGCCCCAGGACCCACCCCCGCGGCUGAACCUGACGGGAGCGGUCAGGGUGCUCUGCGAGAUCGAGAAGGUGGCCAUCGCCGUGGAGCGGCGCUUCCUGCAGCAGGAGUCCAUCCCCGAGUCCUCCCUGUACCUGGGCCACCCGUCCUGCAACGUGAGCGACAGCAACAGCACACACGUGUUCCUGGUGGCCGCGUGGAGCGAGUGCGGCACCCUCGUGCAAAGCAACAUGACGAACACGGUGGUGCGGACCACGCUGAGGAACGACCUGUCCCCCGAGGGCAUCAUCCACCACCUGAAGAUCCUGAGCCCCAUCCGCUGUGCCUUCCGCAACGAUCUCCUGACGUCAUCAGGCUACACCCCGGAGUGGGGGGUUUACACCAUCAUCGAGGACCUCCAUGGCGCUGGAAAUUUUGUCACAGAAAUGCAGUUGUUUAUUGGGGACUCCCCUAUACCUCGGAAUUAUAGCGUGUCUGCCAGCGACGACAUCAAGAUCGAAGUGGGGCUCUAUAAACAGAAAAGCAACCUCAAGGUGGUCCUGACCGAGUGCUGGGCAACGCCGUCCAGUAACGCCAGGGACCCGGUCACGUUUGGCUUCAUCAACAACAGCUGCCCCAUCCCCAACACACAUACCAAUGUGAUUGAGAACGGAGACUCCAACAAGGCCCAGUUUAAGCUGAAAAUUUUUUCCUUCAUCAACAACUCCAUAGUCUACCUGCACUGCAAACUCCGCAUCUGCAUGGAGACCCCCGGAGCCACGUGCAAAAUCAAUUGCAAUGACUUUCGGUCGCUGAGAAGUGGUGAACCAUCUGAAACACACCAGAUGUCCUGGGGACCCCUCAUUCGGUCUGACGGUGAGUCUCCAGAUGGGCAGCCAGGCCUGGCACCCGGCUACAUCGUCCUCAUCGUGGUGGCCGUCUUUGCCGUGGUGACAGGGGUUGCUGCCCUUCUCAUUGUGCGCUACCAGAGAAUGACCGGGAAGUACAACUUCAAAACCCAGCCGGACAACUUCAGCUACCAGGUGUUCCAGGACUAGGAGGCCUGGCUGCCCUGAAGGCCGUGAAUCAAGCUCGGCGCUUCAUUCAUCACACAUUGACGGACGUCUACUCUGCCCCACACUUGGAUGAGCCCCAGAGAUGAUGAAAGCAUCACCUCAGCCUGCCCCCAGGAGGCUGAUUCUGUAGGUUCCAGACAAGCAGGCCGGGGAGAGGAGCUGAUGGAGAAGUGGGCAUGGUGUUGGCGAUGCCUGGAGCUCCAGACACAGGGAUCUUCAAACCCAGCAUGGACACAGCUCUGCCAUCACCCAGUCACCUCCCCAAUCCUGGAGCUCCCAGACCCUUGACAUCCAUCCAUUCAUCCAUCCAUCUUUCCAUUCAUCCACACAGCCAGCUAUUUGGUUCUCUUUGUCAAAUACGUAAUAUCCCUAAUUUUCCAAGAUAUUUGACAGUACACUUGACGUUAUUUUUUAACAACAGGUCAGUAAUAAAUAUAUUGUCUAGUGGACGUACAUGCUCUUAACUUUUCUCUUGCAUUACCAGGAUAUUGUUUUAUUCACACAGUGGUGAUGCAAAAUACACUAUUAAUAUGAAAAUCUUUAUAAUAAGUAGAAAUAACAUAAUAUAUAUAUUACUCUUUUAUAUUUUUCCAAACAUUUUCUCAGCCAUUAAGAUAUAAUCCCACUACAGGGGGAGGUACCAUUUAACCAUUACACAAUGGGAAACCAGGAAAGAAAUGGGAGAGUUGUUUACUUAAGGUCACAAAAUGAAUUAAUGAGGAAAUGGGUCUAGAACCUAAAUAGUUUAGAAUUUUCUUCAUUACACCACGCUAACAGAUAAUGCUUGUUACUUUAUUUAAAGCAAAUUGAACUGUAUUUGAUAGUUAACACCUGAUUGUAUAGUGCUUUUCCUUGACGAACUUGGAAUUGCAACAUGAUCUUUAGUUCUGAAUUCAUGAGACUAAUUUUGUUGAAUAUAAUUAACUACCACUUACUGAAACAUUUGGGAAAAGUGGGAUUUCUGAUGUAUUGGAUAUUCUCGGAGUCAGUGAAGAGUUACGAUAUGCACCGUUGCGGAUAACCCGUU